UUUGCCGGUCCGUAGAGCGCAUCUGAGUGUAUCCCUCCGCCGGCAGAGGAAAUGUUGCUAGACCAAUCACAUCUGUGUUUACACCAUCACCUGUCAAACGCACACCCUCUGCUAGAUUUCUCUCUGUAAAGGAGCUGAAAAACAGACUCACACUGAAGCGCCUACGGUAGCCGCUAACUGGACGGACUCUCUGGCAAUCGACCUUUGCAGUGGAAUCGAGGAAUAAGUCUUGAACUAUGAGCUCAGUGGCAGUGUUGACCCCUGAGAGCUUUGCGGAGCACCGCAGUGGCCUGAAAGACCAGGAGAUGACCGGCGGCGUCCCAGAGGAUGAGGCCUACAUCCCCACCUACUUGGAGGCCUUCCCGCCAUUGCCAGAGAAAGGUGCACCGGGGGAGAAGGCUGGAGAGGUGGCUCCUGCCUGGGGGGGCAAAAUUAGACCCAUCAAAGCUUCCGUCAUCACGCAGGUGUUCCACGUGCCCCUCGAGGAGCGUCGCUACAAGGACAACAGCCAGUUUGGGGAAGGUGAAGAGGCUAAAGUGUGCUUGGACAUCAUGCAGCGGACAGGAGCCCACAUUGAGCUGUCCCUGGCGAAAGACCAGGGCCUAUCCAUCAUGGUCACUGGAAAACUGGACUCUGUGAUGAAGGCUCGAAAGGAAAUUGUAGCACGACUGCAGACUCAGGCCUCAGCCACAGUGGGCAUCCCCAAGGAGCACCAUCGCUUUGUCAUCGGUAAGAAUGGUGAGAAGUUGCAAGAGUUGGAGCUGAAGACGGCCACCAAGAUCGCUAUUCCACGCCCAGACGACCCCAGCGCCAACAUCCGCGUCACCGGCACCAAGGAGGGUAUCGAGAAGGCCCGUCAUGAGAUACUCCUUAUCUCAGCGGAACAGGACAAGCGUGCAGUGGAGCGUCUCUCCCUGGAGAAGGUCUUCCACCCCUUCAUCGCUGGCCCACACAACCGGCUGGUGCAGGAGCUGAGUCAGGAGACUGGCGCUCGCAUCAGCGUCCCUCCACCCAGCCUGCCGAAGGACGAGAUCGUCAUCACUGGGGAGAAGGAGGCUGUCGCCCUGGCGCUCAGCCGCAUCCGAGCCAUCUACGACGACAAGAAGAGGAAGACCACUACUAUCUCAGUGGAGGUGAAGAAAUCGCAGCACAAGUACAUCAUUGGUCCAAAGGGCAACACCUUGCAAGAGAUCCUGGAGGCCACGGGGGUGUCGGUGGAGAUGCCUCUGCUGGAUUCGGGUUCAGAGACCAUCAUCCUCAGGGGGGAGCCGGACAAGCUGGGUCCAGCUCUCACACAAGUCUAUGCCAAGGCCAAGAGUGUGAUUGUGGUGGAGGUGACGGCUCCGGCUUGGCUGCAUCGAUUCAUCAUCGGCAAGAAGGGACAGAACAUCGGGCGCAUAACACAGCAGCUCCCACGAGUUCACAUUGAGUUUACAGAUGGCGAGGAGCGUAUCAGCUUGGAGGGGCCAACGGAGGAGGUGGAGCAGGCUCAGGCUCACAUACAAGACAUCAUUAAGGACCUGCUGGUGAGAAUGGACUACACUGAGAUCAACGUAGACCAGCGUUUCCACAGACACCUUAUUGGGAAGAACGGCGCCAAUAUCAAUCGGAUAAAGGAGCAAUACAAAGUAUCAGUAAGAAUCCCGCAGGACUCCGAGCGAAGCGGCUUGGUUCGGAUUGAAGGAGAUCCCAAAGGUGUCCAGCUGGCUCGCAGGGAACUCAUCGAGAUGGUCCAAAGAAUGGAGAAUGAGAGGACCAAAGACCUCAUCGUGGAGCACAAGUUCCAUCGGACAAUCAUUGGUCAGAAGGGAGAGAAGAUAAAAGAAGUUCGAGACAAGUUCCCUGAGGUCAUCAUCAAUUUCCCCGACCCGGCGCAAAAGAGCAACAUCGUGCAGCUGAGAGGGCCCAAGAGUGAGGUGGAGAAGUGUGCCAAGUUCCUCCAGAAGAUGAUUGCUGACCUGAUAGAGAACAGCUUCUCGCUGUCUGUUCCCAUCUUCAAGCAGUUCCAUAAAAACAUCAUCGGCAAAGGUGGCGCCAACAUCAAAAAGAUCCGGGAGGAGACCAAUACAAAGAUCGACUUGCCCACAGAGAACAGCAACUCUGAGAUGAUCGUCAUCACGGGCAAGAAGGGCAACUGUGAGGUGGCCAGAGAUCGAAUCCUCGCCAUCCAAAGAGAACUGGCCAACAUUAAAGAGACGGAGGUCACCAUCCCAGCAAAGCUCCACAACUCCCUGAUCGGCUCCAAGGGCUGCCUGGUUCGCUCCGUCAUGGAGGAGUGUGGCGGCGUCCACAUCCACUUCCCCUCUGAGGGCUCCGGCUCAGACAAGGUCACCAUCAGGGGACCUGCUGGGGAGGUGGAGAAGGCCAAGAAGCAACUGCUGCAGCUAGCCGAGGAGAAGCAAGUCAACAACUUCACAGUUGAACUGCAGGCCAAGCCCGAAUACCACAAGUUCCUGAUCGGCCGCGGUGGGGCCAAUAUUCGCCGUGUACGAGACAGGACGGGCGCCCGCAUUAUCUUUCCGUCACCUGAUGACACGGAGCAGGAACUAAUCACUAUCGUGGGGAAAGAGGAAGCUGUUCAUCAGGCGCAGAAAGAACUAGAAAACCUAGUGAAAAACUUGGACGAUGUAGUGGAGGACAGCAUGGAUGUGGACGUCCGCCACCAUCGCCACUUUGUGUGUCGCAGAGGUCAGGUGUUGCGGGAACUUGCUGAGGAAUACGGCGGCGUGGCCGUGAGCUUCCCUCGCACGGGUGCCAACAGCCAAAAGGUUUCUCUGAAGGGGGCCAAGGACUGCAUAGAAGCCGCCAAGAAACGCAUCAGGGAGAUCAUCGAGGACUUGGAGUCCCAGGUGAGCGUGGAUGUGGCCAUCCCUCAGCGCUACCACCGCAGUAUCAUGGGGCCCAAAGGUAGCCGCAUUCAGCACCUCACCCGGGAACAUGAGGUCCUGAUCAAGUUCCCUGAGAGAGAAGACGCCUCUGCAGGUUCAGAGGCAUCACCACAGGAGAAUGGAGAUGUGAGUCCAGAGGUUGAAUUUGUCCCGCGUAAGUGUGACAUCAUCACCAUAUCAGGGCGAGCAGAGAAGUGUGAGCUGGCCAAGACGGCCUUGCUGGCCUUGGUCCCCAUCACAGAGGACGUUGAGGUGUCUUAUGAGCUUCAUCGCUACAUCAUCGGACAGAAAGGGAGCGGAAUACGAAAAAUGAUGGAAGAAUAUGAGGUAAACAUCUGGGUGCCGCAACCGGAGAAGCAGCUGGAUGUCAUUAAGGUGACGGGCCUCGCUGCCAACGUACAGCGAGCCAAGCAGGGCGUGCUGGAGCGGGUCAAAGAGCUCCAGGCGGAGCAGAAGGACAGGAUGCUGCGGAGCUUCAAGGUAACCAUGUCUGUAGAUCCAAAGUUCCAUCCGAAGAUCAUCGGACGCAAGGGGGCGGUCAUUUCUCAGAUCCGAAAAGAGCACGACGUCAACAUCCAGUUUCCUGACAAAGGAGACGAGCAACAGGACUUGAUUGUCAUCUCGGGGUACGAGGGCAACGUGGAGGAGGCGUGUCAGGCUAUCCGGCAGCUAGUGGCUGAGCUUCAGGAGAUGGUCAGCCAAGAUGUGCACCUGGACCCGAGGACGCACGCCCGCAUUAUUGGUGCCCGUGGUAAAGCCAUACGCAAGCUGAUGGAGGAAUUUAAGGUGGAUAUCCGCUUCCCUCCGCCAAACUCUGACGAGCCCGACAAAGUGACAGUGACGGGCCUUCCUGAGACGGUGGACAGCGCUAUCGAUCAUCUGCUCAACCUGGAGGAAGAAUAUAUUCUCAGCGUGACAGAGACUGAGACGUUGGCAGCAUACAUGAAGCCUCCAUCGCGCUAUGGAGGAGGUGGAAGCGGAGCAGGCGGAGCGGACGAUGGCAGCGGGGGCCCGGCGAAAGGAUUCGUGGUGCGCGAUGCUCCGUGGAAUGCCGCAGAGAAUAAGGCCCCAGACAUGACCAGCGCGGAGGACUUCCCCACAUUUGGGACAGGCGUGACCCCCAAGCAGAUGUCCGCCUGGGGUCCUAAGAAGUUUUGAAAGCAGAUCCACUGAAACAACAUUUAAUCAAAUUGCUGCUCACCUUCCGUCCUUCCUUCCUUACUUCCUUUCUUCCUCCCGAAUCUUUGCUGCAAUGCAUUCUGGGAGAUCGGUUCCUCUCUUCUCCUUUGCCCCCCUAAGAGAGAACAAGAAUGUCGCACUCUCUUUAAUGUCCCGCUCUGCCUCUCAGCUGGCCCCAUCGCCGGUUCAUUUCUAAAAGGUUUUGUCUUGGAACUGCACAGACUGCCAAACUCAACUCACUGCUAAUUCUUUUUCCUGUGCUUGGCCGCAUGUGUGUGUGUGUGUGUGUGUGCGUGUGUGUGUGUGGUGUAGAUUAUUUUCAAGCAAACCGGCUGCUGUAGUUUUCUUUAAAAAAAAAAAAAAGACUCGUGAUGAGGCGACUUCUUGCACUGAUCUCAUGCUCUGUUUAUUUAUUUGAAAAAAAAAGGAGCCAUUUUAUUUGGACUACUGUGAUCUACUAUUUUUUUAAAAAGCAUCCACUGUAGCAACAUAAUGUUUGUGGGUCAAUAAUGUUCUUCAGGGUUCGGGAACAUGUUGCCAGUGGUUACUGUACGUGUAUAAAGAGUUUUUUGCUAUUUUUUUAAAACUGUGAGGGGAAUUUUUUUGUUUGUUGGUGGUAUAUUUGAGCGUGUGUGUGUGUGUGUGUGUGUGUGCGUGCUUGAGAUUUGUGUUUGGAUGAAGCUGAACCAAACUUGGACUGACAUUGUCAUUUACUCUAAGAGCUUCUCAUUAAUGCUUGAUACUUUUGUCAAUGUGCACUCAAAGGCUGCUUAGAGGUGGGGCGAUACUACAAAUUUUGAUAUCAAUCCAAUACCAAUUACGGUAAAUACAGUGCCAGUAUCAUCGAUACUGAUACAUAUUGGACGUUUUUCAAGAUCAUUUAAUAAUUUUCAUAUUUUGCCUUCAAUUUAUUGAUGAUUAUAAUGAGAAUAAAACACAGAACAAAUAUUUUGGGCAAAAAAAUUUAGAAAUAUUUGAAUAAUUUAACACAAAUUUACAAUGUAAAAAUAUUCAAUUGUAUUGUUGUCACAAGAUUAAGUCAAUAGUGAGAAAUAGGUAAAUAAGCUUAAAAAAAAUUUGAUAUCACAACACCAGUAUCGAUUCGGUCAUUUCCCAGAUCCGAAAAGAGCACUUAGAAAUAUUUGAAUAAUUUAACACAAAUUUACAAUGUAAGAAUAUUCCAUUUUAUUGUUGUCGCAAGAUUAAGUCAAUAGUGCAAAAUAAGUAAACAAGCUAAAAAAAAAUGUUGAUAUCACAACGCCAGUAUCGAUUCGAUACUGAUACUACCCUGGAGUCGACGACUUCAAUAUUGGUAUCGAUCCGCCCACCUCUGUCUCGUUUCCCCCCACAAAAGACUCCAAACAACUUCCUUUCAUUCAUUCAUUUCUCUAGCGUUUACAGCAAAACUCGUGUUUUAGUGUCGUCGCAUAGCAUUAUGGGAUUUCCUUUUUUUUAAAAAGAGUGAAAUGUUACAUUUGUUACAUAAAAUGUUACAUUUAAAGUUAAUCGAAACAAAUUUAGUUAUGGCUGGGAUUAGCGUAGUUUAGCAUGGCGUUAAACAUAAAAUGCAGGGCAAAACCGCUGCUUUUAAUGCCUCGUCAUCAACAGACGGAAUGAUUUAAAAAUGUCUUACCUCGUCGCUGAAGCUCUGGGUCAAAGUAGCACGGAGUGGCGCCAGAUUUUUAAUCUAGAAUGAAAGACUACGUUUCCCACGAUGCUUAGCGAUUGCGGGGUUAGCAUAAAAUGCUGAGUUCAGGGUCGAAUUUGGUGCGUAAAUUCAUCUAACAGUAGAGGGCAGGUUGAUGAAACAGACUAUGCAACCCAGGGAUGUACUGUAUGUUAUUUAUUUUUAUUUUUUUUCUUUCGUUUAAAUUCAUAUUGUUGUUGCUUUUAUGCUUGUCGUCUGAUCUUAAAUGGCAGGACAGAGCUGCCCCUCUCCACAGCAGCUACAAUUUCUGUGAAAAGCUACCAAGAAAAACACACUAUUGGCCUUAAUAAGUAAGAAAUCAACAGCAUUUUGACAAAAAGGUGUGAUUGUGUAAGUACUGUACUGCAAUAAAAGAAAUGUCAGUUGGGUUUGUUUCUUACUCUAAAUAAAAUUUGACAGAAAAGAAGCGUGUCCUUUUGUUUUACAUUUAUAU